UGUGUUUGGGAGAGUGUCAGAAAGCGUGCGCAUGUGAGUGCUGAUUUUGUCACAGCGUCAGUUUGAUCGGCCUGACCUUGCUGAAGUAGGUGAGAAGAUAUUUUGAGAAGUUUACGGAUGCUCCUGUAUACUCUGUACAGUGGAUGGAUUUUGCCAUAUGUUGCCAUUUAAGGGAAUUUAAGGUGGCGCUGGAUCAAUAUUGGGACAGAUCAUGUGGAUAAAUGACAGCAAGUGAGUGAUGUUUUAAUAACCCCUUUAAGACUUUCAAUCCUCUUAUAGCUACAUACUGUAAUUUUGUAGUGGUUACUGAAAAAUAUAUACCGGUUGCUGGACAUUAGGCCUGCAUAAUAGUAUUUGGAGGCCAUCAAGAAGCUAGCACCAUGCCGGUCACUUUCGGAGAACUCAGCACCCUCACCACUCCGCUUUCAGUGGCCCGUUUCUGGGCUUUGCUCUUCGGCUGCCUGGCCUUCAGCCUGGCUGCUGUUACGAACACCUCUGAGUACUACUUGAACACUUUUCACACCUUCUGCAUGGCCACCUGGUGCAUCUUCUUCAUCUUGACCUUCUUCAUUGUGGCAAUCAACUUUGUCCAGUUUCACAGCCUACUGCCCUUAUCGUGGAAAAACUUGACUGCGACCGUGUCAGCUUUGGGCAUGCUAAUGACCAUGGCGGCCACCUUCGCGUUCCCUUGGAUCUUAGUACAACAGAAGGAGGCCAAGCCCAGAGAAGUGGCGGCCAUUGUGGGCUCCUUCUUGAGCUCCUUGGGGUACAUGGUGGAGCUCCAGCUGAUCCGGUCGCAGGACAGCCAGCAGCAGCGGGGCUACAUGGCUAGCGUUCCCGGGUUACUCAAGGUUCUGCAGGUUUUUGGUGGCUGUGUGGCCUUGGUUCUUAUGGUGCCUCAAAAAAGUGAAGAAGAGUGGAGAAUCGGCAUCUCAGCCACAGUCUACAGCCUCUGUCUGGCGGCUUCUUUGGGCACGGUGCUGGUGAUGGUGGGGGACUGUGCUGGACGCUGUCCGGUGCCAUUCGACCGGCUGCUGGCUGGAUUCAGCACUCUGGGGGUGCUCUUGUAUAUGGUGGCCACGGUCAUCUGCAUCACCAGAGUACUGAGCCCCCCAAAUGACAUUAAACUCUCUGUUCUUAUGAGUGAGACAGUGAUUGCCAGUAUCACUCUGCUGGCCUAUACGGUGGACUUGGCUUUUUCUGUCAAACUGCUGUGUGACAGAAAUUAGGUGGAACAAUGAGUGGAACAAUAACAUAGUGUAAGGACAGAGAAAGGUGAUAAACAACGGACAGCAUGGUUUUAUAGUUUGUACUGUGAGUUAAACUCUGGGGAGAUGGGUCAUUUAUCAUUGAUUAUUAUUAAUGUAAUUAAUUUAAUUAGGAUAAAUUGUUCUUGUGGAAUUGUGUGUGAAAGCAAGGGUACAUCUCAGUUCCUUCAGUCAGCGAACAUAAUUGUACCAAAAUCCAUUGAAAUGAUAUUUUCUAAGUUGUAUUGACUCCACACAC